AUGUCGAUCGACCCGACCAGUGUUAUGGUCAUUGAGUGGUGUUUGUAUGUGACGAGUAUCAUGCUUGCCGGUUGUCGGUUUGGGGUGCACAUUCAAAAUAAGACGACGUCAAUGUUCGUAGCCGACAUGUGGCUUGGCCUCGCCGUCGUGAACUGCACUGCGUUGAUUGCUUGCGACACUGCGACAUACAGAGCAAAUGAAAUGAGUAACUUCAUCUCACCUUCGGAACAUGUUCGCAGACUCCGACACGCCACAAUGUACUUAUUUGACGGCGGACUAUUCAUCCCUAAAUUCAGCAUGCUGGCAUUCUAUAUACGCAUCAUUCCGGCGACGUCACCUAAGAUGCGCAAAGGGCUAUGGGCAGUGGUAUGUUUUGUGAUAGUUGCAGCUAUCACAGCCUAUGUCGCCAUUACGUUUUGGUGUGGCACUGACAUAGCUAUCAACUGGUCAGACAAGCCGGAUGCUUGCUCUGCUUUCAGCGCAAAGCCACUGGGCCAGCUUACUUGGUCCCUCAACAUCAUCUCCGAGAUUUUCAUAUUCUUCUUGCCACUUCCAGUCAUCAAGAGCCUGAACUUCAGAUAUCGGCGCGAGAAGGCGGGUUUGCUAUGCAUGUUCAUGCUUGGUAGCUUGACUAUCACGUCUAGUCUUGUACGCUUUGCCGUGCAGGAUCUUGUAGUGAAUAACCUGCCCAUGUACGUUCUUGCCAUGGCCGAAUAUACCAUCUCUAUCAUGAUCAUCUCGUGCCUCUCGCUCCGUCCCCUUCUCCGCAAGAUCCACCGCAUCGCCACCGACAGUGGCCAAGGCAGUUCCCGCACGCCACCCUUCUCCCGCUCAACCAAAGGUUUCCAUCGUAGUAACGCGGAACAACACUGUGACGUCAAUAGUGCCCAAAUCUCCUCAAACUGGCGAAAGGGCCGGCCCAAAGGCCCGGUGUAUAUGGAGGGUGCGAUAGCGGAAAACGGGUAUGGUAGCGAAGUGGAACUAACGGAAUUAGAGACAGAGCGAAUAUACAAAGCUGGAGAAGUCAUUGCAACGAGCGAGAGAGAUAAUCUUAGCAUAAGCGAUAAUGAGAGGAAUAGCGUUAAAGAACUCUACCAUUAA